AUGGCCAAGAGAUCAGAUUUUGCACAGAAGCUGCUCGAUGAUCUCCGCCUAAGGAAAGAGCGAAUGGCUUCGUCUCACACCUCUAAUCAAUCCCACCAUUUUUCUAUUGAUGCAUAUGCUUACACAAAGCAAACAUACAGAGGAUCCAGAAAUACAAAAGCUAAUGAAAUUGUGAGUUCCAGAACUGGGGUGACGCUUAAUAGUUCUAGUAGAAGCCAUAGAUCAGUAAACAAUGGGCAAGUUUCAAAUCAGAUGGUUCCAUAUGGGAAAGGUCAGAGCUCAAGGCAAACUGGUGAUAUAUCCCUGGCCCUGGCUUUUGCCUUUGAGAAUGGAGGGAAACUAAAAAGAAAUGAUUCAAUUAUGGGUUUCCUUCACCAAAUUAAAAGAGGAACUUUGGAAUUCAGCAUGUCAGAAAGACAAUUAGCUUCAACUAGCAACUAUCCUAAGCAAGUAAACGAGAUAUCCAAAGGUGCACACAAACUAAAUCAGAUACUGAGAGCCUGCUCCAAUGGUCUUAACAUGGAAACAUAUUCGAUACAAUUUGCAAAGGAACUAUUGCAAGGAGCUAUUGAUUUGGAAGAGUCCCUCAGGAUGCUAGUAGACCUGCAAAAUAAUUCACAGUUUAUGAUUACCUCGCAAAAGAAAAAUCGAAUCACACUAUUAGAGGAAGAUAACGACGAUGAUGAUGACACAGGCAUGGAAAUGCAACUGGCAAGACCAACUUUCUCUUUUGACAAACAUACUACUCAGAAUAUACAACAACUUGGAAAGACUAUUUUAAUGCAGGGGCCAGUUACUCUUACCAGCUCUAAGGAAGGCAGAAACUCAAAUAAUGAGAACAAAACCGUGAAGAGACAAGUUUCUCGGAAGAGAUCAACUAAAACUAGCUCUAUCUCUACCUCUGGCAUUAAGAAUGUCAAUGCUAGUUCAGAAGGGAAAAACCAGACGGCCUCCAACCCAGAGAAGGGUAGGAUUCCAAAUGUAAUAGCCAAAUUAAUGGGGCUGGACAUCCUUCCUGACAAAGUGGAAAUGCAAUCAAAACACGUGAUGCUACAGAAAAGGGAAGGAAUAUCACCCAAGCAUACUGCCAAAGGAAAUACUAAGAAGAUUGAACUGCAGAGCAAAGAAACAGAUAAUUUGGUUCCUCUAAAAAACCAAAAAGUGAUUGAAGCCUUCAAAACGCCUGCAAUUCAGGGUGAAGAGAUGAUAUCUGGGACAAAUAAAAACUUGCUUGUAGAAAAAACCAGCUCUGAGUUGUCUCUUCAGAAUGGAAAACCACCGUGGAGAGACCUGGAUGGAACAAAAGCACUGAAAGGAUUUGACAAGCCCAGCAUAAAAGUUGACAAGCAGACUAAAAGUUCCGCUGAAAAGAAUCUUACUAGAGAAAGUCAAAAGGAUGCUCAGGAGAUAGAAAGAAAGAAGGAUCACCCCAAUAACAGUGACAGGGAGCAGAAAGGCACUGUAAAGGGCAGAACCAAUGACCCAGUUCCGAACAACAUGCUAUCCCAGAUGGAACAAGUGGAUGAAAGAUCAGAAGCUAAGUCCUCGAUUCAGGAAGACAAGGAUGUCAAUGCAAAUAUUCUUCAGCCUGAAAAAAGACACACAAACAAGAACAUCAUGAACAAUGAAAGGAAGUCUCGGAACAACGUUGGAAUACCAAAGUCACACGUACUCUCCAAAAAUGGUCCUCAUGAAGAAAAACAUCGCAGAGAACAACAACUCCAGGUGAGGGACGAACAACUGUUAAUGAUGAGACCACAAGGAGGGAAUGAAAUGACAUCAAAGAAUUCACCAAAAUCUCCUCUUCCUCAGAAGAAACAGCUAUCCAUGAACCAGGCCACACUGUUUAAGAAAAUCGUUGGAGAAAAAAAUGUUGCUGCUAUGAAAUCGGAAGGCCUUUUAACUAAUCAUUAUGAUCUAGUCAGAUAUGAAGCAUCCAAUCAUCCAAAGAACAAAGUAAAAGAAAUUGUACAUAGGAAGUCAGGCCAAAUUUGCUCUCCAAGAGAUCAAGAAUAUGAACGAGCUAAGAGAAGUGGCAUUAGAACUUUGAUGGAUGAAAAACACGUCUAUAAACUGGCAAGCAAGAAAAUAAAGAAUUCCAGAAAGCAAAGUGUUGAUGUGCCCGGAAAGAUUGAUCGAGUGUUGACUGGAAGAAAUGGAGCCAAGCUCAUCUCUAAACAAGGAAAACAGCAGAUUCCCAUUGCUGACAAAUUUGAAGUUUUGAAUGAAGCUGAACAAGAAACGAUUCGCUUGGUCAGAGAAACAGAUGCACAAAUCAUUAGCCCCAAUGAACCAGUAUAUGUGGAUUCGACUGAACCAUUGGAUGUGAGGCGCCAACCCCAUAAGGAAGCUGAACUACCUCCUACAUUGUCCAGUUCUGUUGGCGGAGAACUUCAAAGCCAACAAGAUUUGGUAGCAUUAGUUCCCAAUGAUUUGCAUUGCCAAGCUGUGUUAUCAUCGCCAGAUCCUGUUGCAGCAGAUGAAGGAUUCGUGACUGGUGAGGUUGCAUUACAGAAAACAAAUGGAAUUCAGGAAGACAGAUUGCGUGUUAAGCACUCAAACCUAGAAGGUCGGAAUAUUUCUGAAAAAAGCUUCCAACAGCCACUAACAGAAAGUGAAAACUGCCUCAAGUGGAUACUGGUCAUGAGUCAACUAUUCGUCAACACUGCAGAAGCACUUUUCAAACUGAACAUCCCGUUUAACGUUCUUCAAGGUGGUGGUCGGGAGAUUCAAGACCAAGCCAGCAAACUCAUAUUAGACUGUGGGUAUGAAGUGAUGAAAAGAAAGGGGAUACGGCAGGAACUCAAAGUACAUAGUUAUUCAACUAUAUCAAUGGGUACCGCCAACAUAAUAACCUUUGAUGACUUAGUUAGGCAGCUGAAUGAAGACAUGGAGAAGCUCAAAUUCUACAGUAGGAAAAAAAGUUAUCAAGUUGUUGAGGAGGACUACCUUUCUAAAAUGCUUGAACAUGAUGUUUAUGACAAAGAUCCAGACAUGAACUGCAUGUGGGAUUUAGGUUGGAAUGAUGAGACACUUGCAUUUAUCGAGAAAUACGAUGUUAUAAGGGAUACAGAAAAGCAUAUACUUAGUGUUCUACUGGAUGAGAUCACCCUGGAUUUUUACAUGUUCAAUCAGACACCGAAACAGUAG